CUUUGUAAACACGAUUUGUCCGUUAUAAGUUUUUUAUAACAUGGUUAAUGGUCAGUGUUUCGACUGACCGGAAGUCGACAGUUAGUGAGACUAGGUUUAGACGGGAGAAGACGCUCGUGUUUUGCUGCAUUUUGGAGGCUCCAGUGUUGUGGUUCCGGUGAAGGCCUGAAUAAUCAUUGUGAUGGUCAUCCUGAGCCCACUGGACUGGACUGGACACUAUAAAUCCAAUAACUUACACCUUUUAACAUUUUAUAUUAAGCAAAAAAUAUUUAACUAAGCGUUUUCUUUCGUCGUGCGUGUCCUUAUUAUAAGGUGUUAAUUAUUAUAAGGACCCCAAUGAUGAGUUAUGCUGAAAAGCCAGAGGAAAUAACUCGUGAGGAAUGGAUGGAAAAGCUCAACAACGUCCACGUUCAGCGGGCAGACAUGAAUCGGCUCAUCAUGAAUUAUCUGGUGACGGAGGGUUUUAAAGAAGCGGCAGAAAAGUUCAGACUGGAAUCGGGAAUUGAGCCAAGCGUUGACCUGGACUCGCUGGAUGAGAGGAUAAAGAUCAGAGAGAUGAUCCUGAAGGGGCAGAUUCAGGAGGCUAUUGCACUGAUCAACAGUCUGCAUCCUGAACUUUUAGAUACUAAUCGCUACCUAUACUUCCAUCUCCAGCAGCAGCACCUGAUCGAGUUGAUCCGCCUGCGGGAGACGGAGGCGGCGCUGGAGUUUGCGCAGACGCAGCUGGCUGAGCAGGGCGAGGAGAGUCGAGAGUGUUUGUCCGAGAUGGAGCGCACGCUGGCACUGCUGGCCUUCGAUAACCCUGAGGAGUCACCGUUUGGAGAUCUGCUCAACAUGAUGCAGAGACAGAAGGUAUGGAGUGAAGUAAACCAAGCUGUCCUGGACUACGAGAACCGAGAAUCGACACCCAAACUGGCGAAACUCCUAAAACUUCUCCUGUGGGCUCAGAAUGAACUGGACCAGAAGAAGGUCAAGUACCCUAAAAUGACUGAUCUGAGCAAGGGCACUAUCGAGGACCCCAAAUAAAGAAGACGACGACGAGAGCUGCCCAGAUUUAACGCUGGGCGGGAAACAGAACGGACAUUUUCGCCUCCCGUUUCACUAUUUAUAUUCAGUCAGUGACUGACUUUUUUUUCUGUUUAGCAUACUUACAAUUGCUUUUGCUUAUCAGAGACGUUUUUGCAUUAAAUGGGUUGUGCAACUGGGAAUGUUUGUAUUUUAGAUCUAAUUCAUGGCCAAAAACAGGAACACUUUUAAACAACUGAGACAACUGUUCUGCUUUUGUUACCUCUGUACUUGACACCGUGAAUUGAAUUGUGUUUUGAAAAGAAUUGUUGUUCUGUCUACUUUAUCAACAAAUAUUUAGAAAUAUUA